AUGAAAUGUUCCAGGAAGAGCAUAUCCCUUGGGGACCUCUGGGUCCUGUCUAAUGAGAAGUUGAGUGAUUUCUAUUUGACGUCAUGGCAGAAGGGGGAGUCGCCGGUGCCUAUGCUGGUUAUCCGCUUAGUAUUAGCUGGUGUAGCUGCUGGGAUCUUCGCAUGGUCGUUGUAUUCCGGUGCCAGCCCGUAUUGGUUAAUAUUCUUGACCAACUGGGGGGUGUUACUCGUAUUCCUGAUGACUUUUAGUGGAUUGAGUGUCUCCUUUGUUGCUACUUUUAGGAAACUUCCCGAUAUCAGCGAUGGCAAUCUCCCUUGGUACGUGAGCGUGUAUUGGUUGACUUACAAUAUAGCCCUCAUUAUCUCGUUAAUGAUCACAGGACUGUACUGGAUACUGCUGUAUAAUCCAGAACAGGAUGAAGAACAGAGCACCGGUUUCUGGCUGGACCUCUCAACGCACGGUUUUAACUCUUGCAUCGUCUUUUCUGAGUUCAUCUUGUCGCGGACGCCGCUUCGCUUCGUCCAUAUAUACCAGCCCAUGGCAGUGGGGCUCUGGUAUGCUAUAUUUACCGGAAUAUAUUAUGCUGCUGGGGGUACUGACAGUUUGGGCAAUCCGUUUAUAUAUGAAAUCCUGGAUUGGCGGCAACCGACACGAUCGCUGGCUCUAAUAGCUGCGUCGUUGGCGGCUCUCAUCAUCAUCUUCACUGUGAUGUGGGGCCUCACGUUGUGCAGAGACAAAAUAUCUGUGGCUGUUAUCCGAACUACUAGCUUGGAUUUACCGUUUACACCGCCCGAUCGGUUGUCACAAAUGGUUUAG